GAAUUCGGAGUACAUGAGGCUGACUCUCAUGAUGUAAAUCGGCAAAAUGCUGCUUUCCGUAUUCAGGCCUGGUGGAGAAGAUCUAUGAAGUUUGACUCUGGGUGGCAGCAGCCGCAGAAAGAGCAACCCGCCACUUCCUCAAGUGGUGAUGCUUAUGUACUAAAGAUUUCAGACCAAGAUCCUACUUAUAGAGACAUAAAUUCUGAGAGAAAACGAUGUGAGCGCAGACGUCAUGCUCUGCAUCAAAAAACUGAAAAGCACCUGCCAAACCUGACUUCUGUCGCUGGAAGUUUCAUUCUGGAAAAAAAUGAAAUUGAUGUUGAAAGCAAUGAUGAUUUUUCUGCUGUCCAUCUAUCUCUCCAGGACAUAUCAGAUGAGCCAAAAGCUGAGACCGAAAUGGGAUCUACCAGCUUGGCCAGCGUUUCCAAUUCUGAUAUGGUGAUCAAGGCAACUAUGCCGGGAGAAGCUGAUACAUUGGCUGGACCUCGGCAUAGAUUUCGUUGUCUGAACCGGAACUAUGAUAGGAAAAAGGGUUCAGGGACAACUAAUAUAGGUUUGCCAUACGGCCUCCUGACCGAAGUACUGGCAGCGAGGAACACUCGCCUCGAAGCAGCAAGACGUGAACAACGUCUAGAAGCGAUUAAGGACUAA